AUGCAGGAGCUGCAGAGCGAGUAUCUCCGUGGCGUGCGACGCAAGGCCCCAGCUGCCGAUUACUUUGACGCAGAAGAGAGUGGAGACGAGCGCGAAGCAGCUGCGUCUGCUGCUGUUGGGGUGGGCGACGACGAAGUGGAUCCACUGGACGCUUUUAUGCAGGGCAUUAACGACCAAGUGACAAAAGAACAAGCGGCGCCGUCGACACGCACAGCUGUCAAGCCACCGGUGCUCAAGCACGAGGUCGAGGACACACACAGCUACCUCGAGGAAGACGCACGGGGUCUUAAGAAAGCCCGAGGGGAUUUAAACGUGGACUCGGACGAAGAAGUUUAUGCUGCAGCUGCAGCACACGAGGACAAUGGAGAGGGGGCUCUGGAUCUCAUGGACAAGAAGGUCAUGGAGGUCUUGACGCCAGUCGAUCAUGCUCUGGUCCAGUAUGAACCGUUUCGGAAAGCGUUUUAUACGCCACAUCGAGACACGGCAGCUCUGAGCGAGCAGCAGGUGGCUGACGUUCGAGUGGACCUGGGCGUAACAGUGCACGGCCUUGACGCGCCAGCGCCCGUGAGGUCGUUCGUGCAUCUUGGUUUCGACCGUAAGCUGCUGCAGACGCUCAUGAAACUCGAACUGGAAGCGCCGACGGCGAUUCAGGCGCAAGCUGUUCCAGUGGCUUUGUCAGGGAGGGAUCUGAUUGGAAUCGCCAAGACCGGGUCGGGCAAAACGUUGGCGUUUACGCUUCCUAUGGUUCGCCACGUGAUGGCUCAAAGGGAGCUUCUGAAAGGGGAAAAAGGACCUAUUGCAGUGGUGUUGGCACCGACGAGGGAACUUGCCCAUCAGACGUAUGUACAGGCAAAGAAGUUUCUGGCAGUGUACGGGGCUUCGUGUGCCGCAAUCUGCGGUGGAGCUGGCAAGUGGGAGCAGGUGCUAGCAUUGAAGAAAGGGGCUGAGGUCGUUGUCGCGACGCCUGGGAGACUGAUUGAAAUGAUUCGGAAAAAGACCGCGCCAAUGACUCGCGUCACGUUUGUGGUUCUGGAUGAAGCCGAUCGCAUGUUCGAAAUGGGAUUCGAGCCGCAGCUACGCUCGAUCCUGGGGCAAAUACGCCCCGAUCGUCAAACGCUUAUGUUUUCAGCCACUUUUCGCCGGAGGGUGGAGGCGCUCGCGCUGGAUGUGCUGACGAAUCCAGUAAAGCUGGUAAUUGGCCAGGUUGGUCAAGCCAAUGAAGACAUUCGACAGAUUGCUGUAGUGCUGCCGGGACAUGGGGCCAAGUGGCCGUGGUUGAUGUCGCGAAUACGUGGGUUGGUUGAUGAGGGCCGCUUGCUCAUCUUUGCUGGAAGCAAGGUCGGCUGUGAAGAGCUGGCGAAGAAUCUGGCCACGGUCUUUCCUGCAGCGCCUGCCCUCUGUUUGCACGGCGAUAAAACACAACAGGAGCGAGCGCAAGCGUUAGCGAAGUUCAAACGGGGCGAUUGUCGUGUGCUUGUCGCUACUGAUGUCGCUGCCCGUGGGCUGGAUGUCAAGGAUGUGAAAAACGUGGUGAACUUUGAUGUGGCCAAAACUAUCGACACUCAUGUGCAUCGCAUUGGCCGUACGGGACGAAUGGGGCUGGAAGGGUUCGAACCUGGCACUGCAUAUACGCUGGUGACUCGCAACGAGGCUCAAUUCGCAGCUCAACUAGUAUACAACAUGGAUGUUUCACGACAGGCAGUCUCACCGGAGCUACUUGCUCUCGCUAAACGAGACGCGCGCUUUCGCCGAGGGGCAAAUACAGUUGGCGUUAUCGGAAAAGAUGCAGGACGCUGGCAAAGCUCGUCUUUCGAGCAACAGCUUGUCAAGACUUGUACUGUAGACGAAGGUGGUGCUUAUGAUGCAGAAGAUGCCGUAGAGCUGGAGCGCUGGAAUGACAAUUGCCGAAAGAGCAAGAGUGAUCAACGCAGAGGACUGGGCUUUGCAGGUGACACGAAUGCUCGAGCGACAGGAAAGCCAGCUGGAAUGCGCGGAUUCGUCAAGGCGUCAGCACCUGCCACUUCGUCGGCUACGAUGUUCCGCUCAGGUUUUAUGAAGUCAUCACUCGAGGCUGAUGCUUCAUUGCAGCCCCUGCCGUCCAGAACUGCGUUCGUGAGCUCAUCCACACCACCCCCGCUACCUGCGGUCCAACCAGCUAUCACGAAUGAACCUGAUGCAGCUGUCAACCAACUUCAGCACGAGCAAUUCACAACAAGUGCUGUAGCAACCAACAAGGUCGUGCAAAUCCAGCUGCAUCCAGCAUACAACGAGAUGGAGAUGAUCCACAUGGGAGCUCCGUCUCGCCACGCCAUGUGUGCAAGUCGCAAUCAAGAAGUCGAACACGACACCGACGUCAAAGCAGUUGCAGUAGAUCCCGAUCAAGCAGCAGAUCUCGAUCGAAAAGUCGUCGCCGUCGUCGUCGCCGUCGUCGUCGCCGUCAUUCCCGUUCGGAUUCCUCAGAAAGUUACCGGAGGAAUCGACGCAGGUCACCAUCGUACAAUCGCCGGCGUCAGCAAAGUUCCAGCUCUGACCGAAGCAAUUGCAGCUCAAGUUCGGACCGGGACUUCAAGCGUGGCCGGUAUCGGUGUUCUGAAGAGCGUAGGAGACGGUGAAGGAAGUGGCCGAGUCCGAUGA